GUUGUCAUCGAGAAUCCUCAACACCACGCCCAAACACUGCAACCUGUGAGUGCACAUUAAUUUUUAGAAGCUCGUCAAUACACCCAAACUGCGCAUAAAAGGCCUCGCUGUUCAGUGCACUUGCUCGAAACUCGAUUCUAUCAAGCGACACUUACCCCGCCAUGGAUCACGCUCGGAAGGGCGAGGCUGCUCUCAGCGCGAGCAAAUAUGCCGAAGCUAUUCAGCACUUCACCGACGCUCUCGCCGUCAGCCCGAAUGCUGUAAAGUAUUAUAUCAACCGCUCUACAGCUUACCAGCGCUCAUCAAAGUACACCGAAGCUCUCGCCGACGCCGACCUCGCUGUCGCUCUUGCACACAAACGUGGCGCACGCGAGCUCAUUAAAGAUGCCCAAUCCCGACGCGCUCUCACCCUCUUCUCUCUCGAAAGAUAUGGUGACGCCGAAUACCUCUUUGGCAUUGUCAAGGAGAUUGACCCCAAGGACAAGAUGCUCCCCAUGUGGAACGUGAAGCUUGCAGCAAAGCUCAAGGACAUCCCAGACGGCGACGACAGACGGAAGGUCACAGUCAAGAACGUCCCUGACGUACAAGUCACCAGCGCAUCUAUGCCUUCCAACCCAGCCAAGGGCGAAAACGAUGCGCCAAAGAAGACAGACAUGCCAGCCAGCAGUCCAAAGCCUGUCGUGCCAACCCCUGCGAACAAGAUCAAGGUCGACUGGUAUCAGAACAACGAGAGCGUCACUAUCACCAUCCUCGCCAAGGGUGUACCGAAGGAGUCAGCGACCGUCGAAAUCGAAAAAGACACAUUCUCAAUAUCCUUCCCUAUCAGCGGCUCAACGUCGGACUACAGCUACGUCCUCGACCCUCUCUACGCGCCCAUCGAUCCCGCUCAAUCGAAGUACCAAAUAAAAUCCACCAAGGUCGAGGUCACACUGAAGAAAGAAAUGUCGGGUGUGAAAUGGCACAAUCUCGAAGGCGACCGCGAAGUCAAAGCUGAGGGCGAGGGCGAGGGCGAGAACAAAUCCACCAUCCCCUUUCACAUUCUCACGAAUAAGUCCCGAGAGUCAGCUCCAGUGUACCCAACAUCAUCCAAGUCGGGCACCAAGAACUGGGACAAGUUAGCAGAUGAGGAAGCAGACAACGAAGAGAUUCGCGGCGACGAGACUUCACACUUCUUCCAGAAGCUAUACAAGGAUGCUUCCCCCGAUCAACAGCGAGCGAUGAUGAAGAGCUACCAAGAGAGUGGCGGCACGGUCCUGAGUACGGACUGGAAGAAUGUGGGCGACAAGACUGUGGUGCCUCAGCCUCCUAACGGCAUGGAGGCGAAGGAAUACUAGGCCUUCCUGCCAUGUUCAGGCGUCUCUCGACUUCUAUCUUCGACCAACCCCUCGCGUGUGGCGGCAUACCCCUGUUGCAGUACCGCAACGACUUGUUGCGUUGACGAUAUAUGGGCAUAUUAUCGCCUGCCGAAUCUUCUUUUCCAAGUCUCUUUCCACAACCUAUAUCCCUUGAAAGUAUAUUUAGCGUUUUGAUAAUCACACGUUUAAUAGUCACUGUUGUAUCCUACAUGUACAUUGGUAAUCAACUCAACUAGUUCCGAGCUCGCACAGUUCUCCAUCGUGAGACUGUCAUGGUCGUCAUGUGGACCAAAGACAUGGUGCACCUAGGUUAGAUAAAACAUGUUGCCAGGUCGUGUGCCUCAGGAGCUCCAUUGGCUUUACUCCCCA